AUGGCGGACGAUGAAGCCGACCAGGCCUUCUUGCAGGCCCAGGCCAUAGAUGCUGACACGAUUGAACCCGUUGAAGCUGAAGAAGAACUGGAACCCAAUGACGACGAUGAAUAUGACCCCUCUAGUACCUUGGAUGACCAAUACCAGCCCACCCAGGCAGAUCUCGAGCAGGACGAUGUCAACGCCACCGCAGCUCCCAAUCCCAAUGAAUCCUCGGACCCGACCACUGACCAAGUCGGUGACACGCCGGAUCCCUCCCAGACCCCCUCACGUGCUGAGUCUCAGACGUCCACGCCAGUACCACCCUCUGGUGCAUCGGCGCAGCUCCUGACCAGAACGAUCGGGGGAUUUGAGGCCGAGGAUGAUGAUGAGGAUGACAAAUAUGAGGCGGACUACGAGCCACCGGCUGCACUGGGGGUGGAUGACACAAAUGCCAUGCAUAUGACCAUGUCUGAAGAUCCAAGUUCAGGAAAUGCAAUUCAAACUUCCCCUGAUGUAUCGUCGCAGCCGCCAGAGGGCUCUGCCAGCGUGCAAGAUGUUGCCAAUAGUUCUUAUUCUCUUGCUCCUGUUCCUAAUAUCGAUCCCUCUGAUCCUGGUCAACUCCAGUUGCCUGUCCAUGAUACCAGCAUGCAGAACAGUACCGUUCCUACCCCUGUACCUGACUCGCCUUCGGCGACGAGAGGCCGCUUGCCUCAUGACCGCGUGGGAAUCCUGCAGGACAGGAUCGACGAGGAUCCGCGAGGAGAUAUCGCAGCGUGGUUGGAGCUGAUUGGAGAGCACCGGAGUCGUAACAGACUGGAUACUGCUCGCGAGGUAUACGAGAAGUUCUUGAAUCUGUUUCCAAUGGCUGCCGAUCAAUGGGUGGCAUAUGCUACUAUGGAAUCUGAACUCAAUGAGCUUUUCCGCUUGGAGCAGAUUUUCAACCGCACACUUCUCACACUUCCCAAUGUUGGUCUUUGGUGUGUUUACCUGGACUAUGUGCGUCGCCGCAACCCCUUGAGCACAGAUACCAGUGGUCAAGCACGACGAACAAUCUCUUCAGCAUAUGACCUUGCCCUUCAGUAUGUUGGUAUGGACAAGGACAGCGGAAACAUCUGGAACGACCAUGUCGAGUUCAUUCGAUCUGGACCCGGCACGAUUGGCGGCUCGGGCUGGCAGGACCAGCAGAAGAUGGAUUUGCUGCGAAAGGCUUACCAGAAGGCUAUCUGUGUCCCUACACAGGCUGUCAACACGCUGUGGAAGGAUUACGACCAAUUUGAGAUGGGUCUCAACAAGCUUACAGGCCGGAAAUUUCUGCAAGAGCACUCGCCUUCGUACAUGACUGCUCGCAGCUCUUACACAGAACUGCAAAACAUCACCCGAGAUUUGGUCCGCACCUCACUGCCGAGACUGCCUCCUGUUCCCGGAUACGCUGGUGAUGCCGAAUUUGCUCAGCAAGUUGACAUCUGGAAGCGUUGGAUUGCCUGGGAGAAAGAAGACCCUCUGGUUCUGAAGGAGGAUGACCCCACUCUCUUCAAGACCCGCGUGGUCUACGUCUACAAGCAGGCCCUUAUGGCACUCCGAUUUAUUCCCGAGAUUUGGUUCGAGGCUGCUGAGUUCUGCAUCUUGAAUGACAUGGAGAACGAGGGCAAUGACCUGCUAAAGCAGAGUAUCGAGGCUAACCCAGAGAGCUGUCUGCUGGCCUUCAAACGAGCAGAUCGACUUGAGGUCACCUCAGACUCUGAGCAAGAUUCGGCCGGACGGGCCGCUAGAGUGCGGGAACCUUAUGACAAGCUGCUUGAUACUCUGUACGAAUUGAUACACAAGGCUCGAAACCAAGAGUCGCAGGAUGUCUCACGGAUCGAGGAAACCUUCGCGCAGCAAAACCCUGAAGGCAAUCACAAUGAAGAUGAGGAAGAUGACCCGGAAAUGAAGGAGAGGGAGGCCGCGAAGAAGUCGCAGAUUGAUGCUGUUCGCAAUGCCCACUCUGUCCAGAUCACCAUUCUGUCUAAGACCGUCUCCUUCGCCUGGAUUGCACUCAUGCGCUCUAUGCGCCGCAUCCAGGGCAAGGGCAAACCUGGCGAAAUGGCUGGUUCCCGUCAGAUCUUUGCUGAAGCGCGCAAGCGAGGCCGCAUCACUAGUGAUGUCUACAUCGCCAGUGCCCUCAUGGAGUAUCACUGCUACAAGGACCCUGCCGCGACCAAAAUCUUCGAGCGCGGCGCAAAGCUGUUCCCCGAGGAUGAGAACUUUGCCUUGGAGUACCUGAAGCAUCUGAUUGAUAUCAACGAUAUCAUCAAUGCCCGUGCCGUCUUUGAGACAACUGUCAGGAGAUUGGCCGCCAAUCCCGAGAACGUGCACAAAGCCAAACCUAUUUUCUCUUUCCUUCACGAAUACGAGUCACGCUACGGUGACCUGGUCCAAGUUGUUAACCUGGAGAACCGUAUGCGUGAACUCUACCCCGAAGAACCGUCCUUGGAUCAGUUUUCCCACCGCUACGCCACACCCACCUUCAACCCAAUGACUGUCCGGCCCAUAUUAUCUCCCUCUCAAACAAGACCGAAGUCAAUGUUCCCAGGUAUGAUCCCUGAGGCUCGCAGCUCUCCUGCGCCCCAGUUCAAGGACCAGUCUUCGGGCUCGCCGAAGCGACCUUAUCCUGCCGAAGACUUCGAUUACGACUCCGAUCGUCCGCGCAAGUUCGUCCGUGCCGAGUCGCCCUUGAAGCAAGGCCGACGUGUUGAGCAGCAGAAGCGAACUCAGCAACUCAACGGCCUGGCGGCGUCAGGCCAUUAUAAACCCCAGGGUUCUCCCGCUCCUCUUCCCCGAGAUGUGGUCCACCUUCUCAGCAUUAUUCCCGGUGCCGCAGCCUACAAUAUCUCUCGCCUCUCCCCCGAAAAAAUGGUCGACCUCCUUCGCCACGUGGAAAUUCCAGCCUCUCCAGCUCAAAUCCCACUGCCGGCGAACGCAAGAGGACUUGGAGCCCCUCAACAGUCCGGCAUGAACCCCUAUUCCGGCCCCUACCGCUGA